UAAAAAAAAACAUUUAUUAUUAAAUGUUCUAUAAAAUUCGAACAACGAAUAUCUAAAUAUCAUUUUUCUUGAAUGUCCAAACGCAAAUUCAUAAAUUUGUCGAUCCAUUAUUUAAAAACCGCACUGCGUCUGAUGACAUUGAUCAGUAGAUUUUCCGGGAAAUUUAAAUUUUCGAUCGAUGAAAUUCAAUUCUGUUACCUGAUUAUAAAACAAAGCGAAAAUUAUGGGGGCAUAAAAAAAUAGAAAAGAAAUGGCGUUAACCAAAAUAUAUGAUGAAGAUGAAAAUAUAUUAAAAUUAAUAUUCCAUCAAUAUGAAAAAUUGAUCAAGCGGUAAAACUCGAAUCUUAGAAUUUAAAUCUAUUUCUAACGUGAAAAAGAAACAUAACAAAGAAACGAAAUGUAUUGAACCAGUAGAUGUCCUCAAUUGAGAAAUAAAGAUAUCGAAGGCGAAAAGCAGCAGGUUGAUGUUAAGUGGGGAGAUAUUAAAAUGGGUCAAGAGUAUCUACACGAUGACAGUGUACGUUGUUCGACUUCACGCUCAAUGCCUUCGUGAAGAGAUCCUUCUGCGAGUUUGUCGCGAGGAUCAUUAAGAUCACGACAUAAUAUCAUCAUCGUUUCCUGCAAUGUCAUUAACAAUGAGAAACUCGGUCAAUUUAAAUUAAUUUCGGCCAUAUAAUAAAUUCGCGAUAAAUUUUGUAAUUAAAAAUAUUUCUAUGAUACAAUUUAUUAAGAAACAGAAUACAGAAAUGAAAUUGUAUUUACAAAAUAAUCAUCCUAUCACAUCAAUAACAAUUAAAGAACGUUCAGAUACAAUUAGUUUGUAUAUAUUUCUUGGAUCGUUAUUAGUUUAAAUAGGAACUUUGAAUCGCGUGAUGUGAUGCACGUUAUGUAUAACGAUUGUCAAUAUAAUCAUUUUGUGUUUAAACAUCAUUAAAAAGAAGAAGUGGAUAUUUUUCUCUGAAAUUUAAGAAGAUUAUUUUCAUGGUGUACGGAUCGCGCAAAAUUGCGGAGUCUGUGACCACCACGGGGACGACUUGGCUGUACAACACUACCACCCAAGAUCACCAUGAUGCAAUUGAAGAUUAAAGGGAAGAAUAAUGCUUGCAGGCGAAAUGAGCAGCAGCGGAGGGUUAGGAUUCGGUGUCGGUGUCGGUGUCGGCGUCGCCGGUGGUCCAACCCUCGCAGCCGCUCAACAAGGCCAAGGGGUGGCCGCUCUUCUGGUGAUGCUUGCUGUGCUUUGUUUUAUAUUCGCUUAUUGCUGUUGGGGUGCUCCGUUCUGUAGAUCUUUAUGCAGACGACACUGUUGUUGUCGACUCGAGGAUCCUGAACCAGAUUCACGAUUUAGCAACAACGAUCAAACGAUGGUAGCAACACCAACGAUUAUUUUAUUACCACACGGUAGAAUGCUCGUUGUGGAUGGUACAAUCUUUACACAGUUCCAAACAGAUCCAACUGGUUUAGAUUUAGUGGAAUUAGGUGACAGUGUACUACGAGCUCAAAGAAAUCCAAGAAGUAUAAAUCGUCAUCAGUUGCAAAAUAGUCAAGGUAGCAUACUUGAAAUGGAUGCAGAAACGCCAAGUAAAGACAGUUUAGGAUCUGUUGGAUGUUUUCCACCACCAACUUAUGAAAGUAUUUAUGGAAAAGAAGAAUCAGAUAUGCCGCCGUCGUAUUCUGAUAUCUUAUUACAUAGAUUUGCUAAUCUUCCUCAUGACAUAAAUAUGCAUAAUUAUUGUCACGAUAGUAAAGAGGAAAUUGAGAUGCAAAGCUUAGAUGGUUGUCCACAUAUACUUAGUAAUCCAAUGAAUACGAUAGCAUAUCCUUAUGCGACAGUAACGAAUUUCUCGAGUCAAAGCUUUCCACGGAGGAAUGUCUCGAGAAAUCCAUCAAUCAUUAGCAAUCCACUUGAUAGUUAUUACGUAGAUAAUGAAUUAGAAUUAUAUCGAUUAAGCCAGGAGAUGGUACCACGAGUAUUUAGUAAUACAAACUUCGAAGCUCUUAGAACUUACCAAGAUGAAACCUCGUUUUAUAAUAUGAACGGAAAUGAGAGUGAACAACAAAACGAUAUGUUAUCGAAUAAUGGAAAUUAUUGCACAUCCGAUAAUAAUAUUCAACGAAACAACGAAAGAAUAGUUUCAAAUAAUAUUGAUGAAGUAUCAAAUAAUAUAACGGCAAAUGAGCUAAUGAAUACGAGAAAUCUAGUUCGAAGUAUAUCAAGAAUUAGUCAAGAAAGUAGAAAUAAUAUAGAGAAUUCACAAAGAGAUAAUCAAGAGACUGGUAUAGUUUUUGUUCGAUUACCUCAUUCUGAGAAUCACAAUAAUAGCCAUACUCCGCAAAAUUGGUAUAACAAUACUAAUGAAAACGAUAGGCCAGCAAUACAAGUAAAUCAAGAAAAUCAAUCUACUUUAAGAAAUAUGCAUUCCGAAAACGAGCAGAUGAAUGAAACUAAUCACAACAUGGAAUCUAAUUCAAUAACAUAUUAUAUUAGAAAUCAAAGCACUGAUGAGGCUAGAUCACACAGAUUGGAAAAUGAAUCCGCUUAUUCCGAUGAAGAACCUAGAAAUUUUGGAGCAUUGGCAGAUAUCCGUGAAAGUCGAGUGUAAUGCAUAAUAUAUAAUAUAGAAAAUGUACAUUAAAAAUACAAUAGAAAGCUCUCUGACCAAAUGAUAUAUUGACAAUUAUAUCUUGUAAAAAAUUCACAAUAAAAAUAGAAGUAUAUUUUAUCAACAAAACAUUUUGUUUUUAUAAGAACUAAUUAUUUUAUUUCUUAAAUUAUAAACUUAAUACAAUACAAUAUUUAGACUAAAAUUUAAUAUAAAAAUCUAUAAAUGAAAUUAAUACUAUUUAAAUUUAAUUAAAUAAAGUUUAAGAUUCUUCGAAUUAUUGAUUCUUAACAUGUAUAAUAGAUUUCAUAAUAAUAUUUAAAAAAGCCUACAAAAGUUUUGUAUAAAUAAUUUAAUUGAUCUGAGAAUUAUCGAAUCGUUAAAAUUUUAAAAAUAAUUUUAUAUGCAAAAAAAAAAAUACAAUCAUUUUAAUAUUUAAUUGUGACACAAUAAUAGAAAAAUAACAAUAGAACAAAGUUAGUUCAGUCCGUCCAAAGGUUAAUCUACACACUAGAUUCAAUAAAUGUUAAGGAAAUAAUUGUAAAUGAAUUCAAAUAUUUUUUAUUAUUAAUAUCUAUUAUUAGUAUCUAUUCUAUGGACUAUUUAUAUUAUACAUUUGCUUUAUAUAUUAUUUUAAUAU